AUGGAGAACUUUGAAAACAUACAUCUGGACCUGUCCAAACAGUCGGGUCGAUGUAGACUUGCAGAAAGUGGUUUAGGAUGGAAGCCCGCUGGUGGCACUGAUCCGUUCACUCUCGACAGCAGUGCGAUCGCAGGUGCACAAUGGUCGCGAGCCUCCAAGGGCUACGAGAUCAAAAUCUUCACAAGGGACAACCAGGUCAUACAACUAGACGGCUUUCAAGAAGAGGAUCACGAUCGCGCUGUGAAAGCUUUCAAAAUAUGGUACGGUGUGAAUGUGGAGAGCAAGGAACACGCCUUAAGAGGCUGGAACUGGGGCAAGACUGAAUUUGGACGGUCAGAACUGGCAUUCAACGUUCAGAACAGACCAGCAUUUGAAAUACCUUACUCCGAAAUCUCCAAUACGAACCUGGCAGGCAAGAACGAAAUUGCCGUAGAAUUCAACUUGGGUGCAGAACCGCAUACAAACGGCACGAAUGGUGUCAAUGGUAACGCUGGCAAGACGAAGAACAGGGGUCGUAAGGCUGCCGCUGCGAGAGAUGAGCUUGUUGAGAUGCGAUUCUAUAUCCCGGGCACAGUAUCGAAGCGCGACGCAAACAACGAGGAUGAAGAUGGUGCUGGUAGCGAUGCCGAGGAGAAGAACGGCGACGACGACCAGGAGAACGCUGCCAACGCUUUCUACGAGACUCUGAUGGAUAAAGCAGAGAUUGGGGAUGUUGCUGGCACCACGUUCGCCACGUUUCAAGACGUGUUACAUCUCACACCUCGUGGCAGAUUCGACAUCGAUCUGUACGAAACCUCCUUCCGACUGCGUGGUAAGACAUACGAUUACAAGAUUCAGUACGACCACAUUAAGAAGUUUUUCCUCCUACCCAAGAACGACGAAAUGCACACUCUUAUUACUCUCGGCCUGGACCCUCCACUACGACAAGGUCAAACAAAAUAUCCCUUCGUGGUCAUGCAAUUGAAGCUCGACGACGAAGUCAACCUAGAUCUCAACAUGACCCAAGAACUGCUGGAAACGAAAUACAAAGACAAACUGGAUGGUCACUACGAAGCUCCCAUACAUCAUGUUAUCGCAAAGGUAUUCAAAGGACUCUCAGGCAAAAAGAUCAUAAUGCCUUCUAAAGACUUCACGUCACACCACAACAUGAAUGGUGUGAAGUGCUCCAUCAAGGCCAACGAAGGUCUUCUCUACUGCCUCGACAAAUCAUUCAUGUUCGUACCGAAACCAGCCACAUACAUCUCUAUCGAGCAAGUAUCGAAUAUCACAAUGUCCCGAGUUGGUGGUGCACUGGCUGCUAGUCGCACCUUUGACAUCACCAUCAGUCUCAAGAGCGGAGGCGGCGACCACCAGUUCUCUAACAUCAACAGAGAAGAACAACAGCCGCUAGAGGACUUUUUCAAAGCAAAGGGUAUUAGAUUCAAGAAUGAAAUGCUGGAGGAAUCAUCGACACUUCUCAAAGCUGCCAUGGACCAAGAACUCGCCAGUAGUGAAGACGAGGAGGGUGUCAACAGAGGCAGUGCCGAUGAAGAUGAUGAGUCGCCAGACGAGGACUUUCAAGCUGGAUCUGAUUCUGAUGUUGCGGAGGAAUUCGAUUCUGAUCAUGAGUCUUCAGGAGGUUCCGAUGCGGAGAUGGAGGAUGCUGAUGGUGAUGAUGGAGAUCAGGAGGAGGAAUCUCGGCCGAAAAAGAAGGCUAAGACUUGA